AUGAGACUAGACCCAGCAGUGUCUGCUGUGGGCGUAGAGUUCGCAGAGGCCGAAGACGCGGGCAGAUGUCUCUUGCGCAGAUUGUCCGAUCCAGAAGUCAAUGGGCAUUCUUUCUUCCUUGCAGCGAGAAAGUGGGCGGCCUGCAGAUUCAUGGACUUGGACUUGGAUGACUACAAAGAUCCCCUGCCGCAGGAGAUUCAAGAGGAUCAGAUCAAGGCUAGUCCCGUCUCAGCUGGAUUGCUUGCUUAA